AUGUGUAAAUUUGAGUUGGCUGAACUUUGUAACAACCGGUUAGUGCAAAUGAAUGCCCUUGAAGAACUUAGAAAUGAAGCCUACACAAAUUCCUUGAUAUACAAAGAGAAUACUAAGAAUUGGCAUGACAAGAGACUAAAGGGUAAUAAGGACUUUCAUGAAGGACAAAAGGUGUUACUCUUCAAUUCAAGAUUAAAGCUUUUCCCGGGCAAGCUAAAGACACGGUGGGAUGGGCCUUUUGUGGUUAAAAAAGUUUUCCCACAUGGAGCUAUUGAGCUUAUAUCCAAAGAUGGAACCCCUUUCAUGGUUAAUGGGCAUAGGGUGAAGAAUUAUGAAGAAUGGAUCCCAAAAGAUGAAGGACUUGAAGAAGGGAUGCAUUUGGAAGAAACUGAAAUGAUUUGCUUUUAUCAAUCUUCUUCUGUCAUUAAAAUGAUUGCUUGUGGGAAAGCAUUGCUCAAGCGUGGGGUAUGGUGGCAUAAAAUUUAA